AGUAGUCUUCACCGUUACUGAAUGAACUCCAUAUUGCUCUUCUAUAACUCCUAUAACAUAUUUGAAGAAAUUGACCAGAAAUAACUAACAGCUAACGAGAUACAAUCAAUGAAAAUAUAUAAUUAAAACAAUAUUUGUCAGGCUGACGUCUCCGUGUUGUUGCUCCCUCCCCUCGGCCCUGCGUCGUGCCGUGCCGUGCCGUGCAGUGCCGUGCAGGACCGUGCGGUGGAUGGGAGGGGGAGUUGUUUGGGGGGUGUCGGGCCGGGGUAUCGCGUCUGUCGGCUCGGCUCCUCGGUGUUGAGCUAGCAUACUUGUCGCCUGCCCGCAUCCAGUAUGGAUAGUGCACAAGAAGAAUGAAGAAUAGCGAUUACCGUCGUGGCAGCUGCUUCUGUUGUUGUUUUUUUGUUUUGUUAUUACUGCCCUGUCAAAUUAGCAGACGUCCCCCUGAAGAGAGUUAGCAGCUAUGGCCGAACAAGACAUUUGUCCUCACCUGGACUCCAUAGGAGAGGUCACCAAGGAGGACCUCCUCCAGAAAUCAAAGGGAACUUGCCAGUCUUGUGGUGCAGGGGGCCCAAACCUGUGGGCCUGUCUGCAGAAUGACUGCCCAUAUGUUGGUUGUGGAGAGUCCUACUCUGAUCACAGCACCAUGCAUUCACAGGCCAAGAAGCACAACCUGACUGUGAACCUGACGACGUUCAGGAUCUGGUGUUAUGUGUGUGAGCGGGAGGUGUUUUUGGAGCACAGGCCUGCGCUGGUGCCUGUACCUGCUGCACCCCACCACUGUAAAGCCACAGAGCAGGAAGCUGCUCCUCAGCCAGUAGGUCACCCACUAAAAGCCGUACCAAUUGCUGUGGCAGAAGAAGAAGGUUCGGAGUCAGAGGAGGAUGAGCUUAAACCCAGAGGCUUGACAGGAAUGAAAAAUAUUGGAAACUCCUGCUACAUGAACGCAGCUCUUCAAGCCUUGUCCAACUGUCCUCCUCUCACUCAGUUCUUCCUGGACUGCAGUGGAUUGGUCCGGACCGAUAAGAAACCUGCUCUCUGUAAGAGCUAUCAGAAACUCAUCUCAGAACUCUGGCAUAAAAAACGGCCCAGCUAUGUCGUCCCUACCAGUCUGUCUCAUGGCAUCAAACUAGUAAACCCCAUGUUUCGUGGUUACGCUCAGCAGGUAGGGGCAAGCACCCAGCAGGACACCCAGGAGUUCCUGCGUUGUCUGAUGGACCAGUUACACGAAGAGCUGAAGGAGCCUCUGACAGAGUGCAGCAUGAGCGGAGAGGGAAGUGAUGGGGAGGAGAUAAGAGAUGGAGAACGCUCCCCAUCUGAGGAUGAAUUCCUAUCCUGCGACUCGGGCUCAAGCAGUGACCGGGGGGAGGGAGGAGGACUGGGUGACGGUGAGCUGCUCCUGCAGGAUGAGUGUGAUGGCGUCAGGCCACCAGCAGUAGGGGUGGUGGGCGUCAGUACUGGCGGGGUGAUCUCAGAGAAGGAGAGGCUGAAAGAAAGGAGGGUGUCUGGCUCACCCCUACGUGGAGGCUCGCAAGAGAUGGAUGAGGACGCUGAUGUGGAUACAGCAGCUGAAGAGGGGGUUACUGAGAGGGGAGAGGAAGAGGAGUUAACGCCAACCGCAAACACCGAGGUCCAAAACCAAGAGAACAACCAGUUAACUGCUACUGGGCAAGGGCAAACCCAGAGCAACAACUCCUCAGAGCCAGACAAUGAAGUGUCCAUGACCCAGACCCAGUCCACUCCCUGCAGUCCUGUGCGAACCCUUCAGGAGCUGCAUCCCAAACUGUCCUCCAGUCCACCUCGCUCCAGCCCGCUCCGCUCUGCAGGACCUGCGUACUCUUUCAAAAAAGCUCAGCUGCUGCUCAGUGCCAGGAAGAAGAAACAGUCUCACUAUCGCAGUGUGAUCUCUGACAUCUUUGAUGGCUCUAUCCUCAGUCUGGUCCAGUGUUUAACCUGUGACAGGGUCUCUACUACAGUGGAAACCUUUCAAGACCUGUCUCUCCCUAUUCCUGGUAAAGAGGACCUGGCAAAGCUUCACUCCUCUAUACAUCAGAACCUCCCAGUCAAGACGGGCGUGUGUCCCGACACGUACAGCUCGCAGGGCUGGAUCUCCUACAUCAUGGACUCCAUACGCCGGUUCGUAGUCUCAUGUAUCCCCACUUGGUUUUGGGGCCCCAUGGUAACCCUAGAGGACUGCCUGGCCGCCUUCUUUGCUGCAGACGAACUCAAAGGGGACAACAUGUACAGCUGUGAGCGAUGUAAAAAGUUGAGAAAUGGGGUGAAAUAUUGCAAAGUGCUUAGACUUCCUGAGAUUCUGUGCAUUCACCUAAAGCGCUUCCGGCACGAAGUCAUGUAUUCUUUCAAGAUUAGCAGCCAUGUAUCUUUCCCAUUGGAGGGCCUUGACAUGCGACCUUUCCUGGCUAAAGAGAGUCCAUCCCAAGUCACCACUUACGACCUGCUGUCAGUCAUUUGUCACCAUGGCACUGCAGGAAGUGGACACUACAUAGCUUACUGUCAGAAUGUGAUCAAUGGCCAGUGGUAUGAGUUUGAUGACCAGUAUGUCACAGAAGUCCAUGAAACAGUGGUGCAGAAUGCAGAGGCCUAUGUGUUGUUCUAUAGGAAAAGUAGUGAGGAGUCUGUGAGAGAGAGGCAGAAGGUCGUGGCUCUGGCCAAUAUGAAGGAGCCCAGCCUGCUGCAGUUUUACAUCUCCAGAGAAUGGCUGAACAAAUUCAACACCUUCGCCGAACCAGGCCCCAUCAGCAACCACACAUUUCUUUGUCAGCAUGGAGGGAUCCCUCCUAAUAAAUACCACUACAUUGAUGAUCUGGUUGUGAUUGUUCCCCAGAAUGUGUGGGAGUACCUUUACAACAG